AUUUCGAAGCCUCAUUCAAGGAUCCACUUCUUUGUCCCAUCUUCAAGAUCGCGCAGUUGAACUCUGGCUUUGGGGGAGAAAGAGAGAGAGAGAGUCCAAUUGUCGCAAAAUGACUAGAUCUACGAUAACUAGGCCGAUACGGCAGGCCUUGUCUAGGCCAUUGGUUCAACCACCUCGAAAUACCUUGCCUGGUUUUGUGAGCGCCCGUUUUCAAGCCUCUAUAGCCGAUCCUACUGCCAAUUCCUCUGCCGGGCCUACUAGCGAUGCGAAGUCUGGGCCUCACCAGCUUGUGAACGAGUUACAAGACCCUCGCGAAGCAAACGAAGUACGACUUCCUAGGGCUGUCCAAGCUCUCUACCUCCAGCCCCUACGACGAGAAGCCGAAUACGGAGUACCCUCGUGCGACUUACAACUACGAUCUUUUAGCAUCCCCAAUCUCGAGUUCUUCUGCGACUUCGCGCUACGAGCCGCAUACUAUCUCAACCUCCCGGCGUUCGGCCCGAUCCCUCUUCCUAAAAUCGUAGAGCGAUGGACCGUUCCUAGGAGUCAUUUCAUCUUCAAGAAGUCGCAGGAGAACUUCGAGAGGGUCACGAGGAGGAGGUUGAUCCAGAUCCGGGACGGACACCCGGAAACGGUGCAGAUUUGGCUGGCUUACCUGCAGAAGCACGCAUACUAUGGAAUUGGUAUGAAGGCGAACGUGUGGGAAUUUGACAGUAUCGGCACUGGUAAGAAGACAGAUGCGCAAGAGCAAUCCCUACAGCAAAUACUAGAAAAGAAGAUGGUGAACUUCGGAAGAGAUAAGACGCCAGGUACGGUAGAGAAGGUGAAGGAGUUACUGGCCAGCGAGAGGUUCAGACACACGAGAUAGACAAUUGUAUAUUAUUAUAUCUCUGUCCAUCUGCACCUUUAAAAUGAAAUAAGUAUCAUUGCCGUAACAUAUCGACUGAAAUGAUAUACCGGAUCGUUUCGUGUUGUUCCUGAAGUAGUCUUAGACACAGAUCAAUUUCAAAUAAUUUCAAA